UGCAAGGAGUGAAAGUACAUGCAGUAAAAGGCAAUAAUAUUCGUAUCGGCGAUGAAUAUGCAUAAUAUGACGAAGAUAUCUUUCUAAUAGUAUUACAAUCGUUACCAUUAGGAGCAGUGUUCAUGGAACGCUAGACGUCCGUCUAACAGAAGACUGCAUCUUUGAAAAAUAUUAUUCAAAGAAAAAUACGCUAUAUAUAACUGGUGUCGGUAUUACAUGAAAAUCAUUAAUCAGAUGACAGCUAGCAGGAAUUUUGGACACGUAUCAAGUUACCUAGCCCACGAUUACCAAACAACGCGAAGUAAGAUUGUCAAUUAUGGAAGAACAAGAGGCGCAAGCAGAACUCUCUGAAAACGAUAAGGUUGAUAAUGGGUCGCCAGAAGACAAUGAACUAGAUGAACCAGAAAUGAAGACUCUUGAGGCGAUAAGUAUACAAGAUGAAGCUUAUUUCAAUAGUUUGAAAACCCAGAAGAGCGACUACACGUUCAAAAUUAUGUGUGUUGGGGAUUACACAGGGUUUGGUAAGAAGGGUGGUUUCGUGGCUGACUACAUUCAUGAACGUCCUUUAAGUUUUUACCACAAACCAACAAUCGGCGUAGACUUUUACAUUCACUUUCUAAAGUGGAAAGACACCGUAAAGAAGAAAGAAUUCAGCGUUAAAUUGCAGUUUUGGGAUGUCGCCGAACACGAGAGGUUUCUGAAUAUGACUGGAAUUUAUUGCCGUAAUUGUGCUGGUGCACUAGUAUUUUGGGGACCUAAAAGCCCCUCUAGAUUAAGUAGCACUUUAAAGUGGAGUCAGAAAAUACAAGAAGCUAACACUGGUGAUCGUCCUAUGGUUCUAAUUGUUGAAAAUAUUCCUACAUCGAGGCGAGGAAAACCAAUAGAAUGGAUCGGUCCUGGAAAAAUGUUCGAAAGUCGCGAAGCUUUAGACCGAUUUUGCGUAAAAAAUGGAUUUCUAGGAUGGUUUGAAUUAARUUCACGGCAGGGAGAAGGCUACAACGAAGUAAUGAAGCAAGCAAUUAACUGUUUGGUGGAUAAAAUCUUUGAAAAUACAAGUACGCAAAUUUCAUGAUCAGCGUGUAAGGUAUGCAGAAGCCAGAUUGACACAUCCGGUCUUAACACUUCCGGUUCGUGCUAACAAAGCAUGUCUUCUGUAUUCCUUGAUGCACUUGGAUCAGGAGUAUGAAUUCAAUAGGAAACAAAACAAAAACACAAAUACUUUGUGUAUUUCAGAAACAAACAAGUGGACAGGAAUAUUCUUCAAUAGGACGUUUUGGCAUGAUGGCUUCAUUUGACUUCCACUACCAAGGUGGUUUUUCAAAUUUUCUUCCUUAUUUAAAUUUGUAUUCCCUCAUGAGAAUAGUAAUGCAAUUGGUGCUAACUAACUGAACAAAAGAAAGUG